GGACGUCUGCUCACUCAUCGGGGACAUUGGACAUGCUUCACUGAUUGCAGGUGGGGACGUGUUGCGACACGUUGGCGCUGUGGGUUAAUGAGGCGUCACACACCCACAGGAGGACAGGCAAUAACCACAAAGAACCUGUUUCUGUGGAUUCAAAAAAACUAAAGCUUUCAUACGCUCAACCAAAUAAAAGUGUAUGAGAAGAAAAGAGACCUCGGCAGAUCUGAUUGCACCACUUUAUAAAUCAUCAAUCUAUAAUAUCUAAUGUAUGGAGGACAGCCCUGAGACUCAAGGGCUCUUAAAGGCACCACAUCUGCAACCAGGGCAUCAGGCCCCCCAUCAUGAACGGGCCCAUGCACCCGCGGCCCCUGGUGGCGCUGCUGGACGGACGCGACUGCACAGUGGAGAUGCCCGUCCUCAAAGACGUGGCAACCGUGGCCUUCUGUGACGCCCAGUCCACUCAGGAGAUCCACGAGAAGGUGCUGAACGAAGCUGUGGGCGCCCUGAUGUACCACACCAUCACCCUGAUGAGGGAAGACCUGGAGAAGUUUAAAGGGCUGCGCAUCAUCGUCCGCAUCGGCAGCGGCUACGACAACAUCGACAUCAAAUCUGCCGGGGAACUGGGCAUCGCUGUGUGCAACAUGCCGGCCGCCUCGGUGGAGGAGACGGCGGACUCCACGCUGUGCCACAUCCUCACCUUGUACCGCCGCACCACCUGGCUGCACCAGGCGCUCCGCGAGGGCACGCGGGUCCAGAGCGUGGAGCAGAUCCGGGAGGUGGCGUCAGGAGCCGCGAGGAUCCGAGGAGAGACGCUGGGACUGAUCGGCCUCGGUCGAGUGGGACAAGCCGUGGCGCUGAGAGCCAAAGCCUUCGGCUUCAAUGUGAUCUUCUACGACCCGUAUUUGGCCGACGGUGUAGAAAGAUCUCUGGGACUACAAAGGGUCACCACACUACAGGACCUGCUCUUCCACUCCGACUGCGUGUCUCUCCACUGCAGCCUCAACGAACACAACCACCACCUGAUCAACGACUUCACCAUCAAACAGAUGCGCCAGGGGGCGUUCCUGGUGAACACGGCCAGGGGGGGUCUGGUGGAUGAGAAGGCCCUGGCUCAGGCCCUGAAGGAGGGCCGGAUACGAGGAGCUGCUCUGGAUGUUCAUGAGACGGAGCCUUUCAGCUUCAGUCAGGGUCCCCUGAAGGACGCUCCCAACCUCAUCUGCACCCCCCACGCCGCCUGGUACAGCGAACAGGCCUCGCUGGAGAUGAGAGAGGAGGCGGCCAGGGAGAUCCGAAGGGCUAUCACAGGUCGCGUCCCGGACAGCCUGAAGAACUGUGUGAAUAAGGAGUUCCUCUCCCAGAACAACCACUGGGCCGGUGUCGACCCGGCUGCCGUUCACCCCGAGCUCAACGGGGCUUAUAGGUAUCCCCCCGGAGUGGUGAGCUUGUCAGCUGGCGGCCUCCCGCCACCCGUUGACGGCAUCGUGCCCAGCGCAGUGCCCAUCACACACACCCUCCCGCCCACCGCCACACACCCCCCUCAUGCCCCGUCCCCCGGACACAACGCCGUCAAACCACCAGAGGGCGACAGAGAGCAGCACCCGAAUGACCAACUGUAGCCAUACACACACAUGCACACACACACACACACGCGCGUGCACACACACACACACACACACACACACGCUGGCCUGUGUUGUCUGGUGACUGGAGGAGGAGGUCGGCACGGCAACCAGGUGCAUAGCGACGAGUUGUUGUCAGAUGGACGAGUUGGGGUCCCAGUAACAAUCCAAUGAAAACAGUCGGGCAAGUUCCCGAGAGGCCAGUUCAUUCUCCAAAGAAGAAGACCACGUUAAAGAGGGUGACGAAGAGCAGGUGACCGCUGUCCUCGUCUCUAAAAGGACGUCCUGAGAAAGACUACAGAGACCCAAAGGAUGAUCUUCACACAACAACUACAGUUACUGCCAGAGGUUUCGGAAAUAACAUUAAGAUCAAUCUGUUGAUUUGGGAAGAUUCUGCUGUCUUGGACUAGUGAGUCCACACGUUAGAGGGGAGCGUUCCAUGUCUUUCUCUCUUCUCCUGUGUCCUUUCCUUAGUUGGAUGUAGUAGUUCAUGAAAUCCAGUCCGUGUACAGUUUUUAGAUAAUACUGAUGUUUGUAUGCCAGUCUUAACAAAAAUAAGGGUUGUGUGAUCUCUCUCUGUAGCUAAACUGGUUUGACGAUACAUCUGUUUUUUUGUUUUAUGUGUCCCCAAAUGAACGAGCCCCGAACCCUUACACCCCCCCCCAGAAGAAAAGAGGCAGCUUUUGCACACCAUCUCAGGAAAUUCAGUUUCCGCAGUUGGUCUAUUUUAUUUUUCAAGUUUGUUUCGGAUAAACCUUUUUAUGCCACUUAGUGCUUUUGUUUUCUACCUGCCUUCCCCGUUGUGUCCUGCUACAGUAGAUACAAAGAACUUUGAUGUUGUUUAAAGGGACUGUUUACGAUCCUCUACCUAAUCCACCUGUCCCGUUCCCUCUAGUCCCCCCCACCGGCCUCGGUGUCUAUGUGUACAUAUGGUGUCCUGCCUGCCUGUGUCAAUGUGACUUGGUUGUAUCUGUGUGUGUGUGUGUUAAAGCAGCACUGGGGGGGGGAUGGCUAGCACUCCCCACGAGGCAUUCUCACCAAACCAAAAACACAAUGUGUGUUCACGGGUCACCUAACGCAGCCACUGAGCUGAGUGACGGUGCUUUCUGGACCCCCUUCUGCCAGCAGCUGAGCAGUAAAAACUGUCCACUGUUGCCUACCUGGUCGUCUCCACGGCGAUGGAAGUAUGAGUAGCAAUCAGGGAUGGAAUCUCUCAAAGGUUGAGUGGUGAAGAUGCUCAGGUGAUAUUUAAAUGUCACUGGCAUCCACUAAAUUCUGGGAUAAUUCAAAAUGUACUAUUAAUCUUUCCUAACCAGAUGCCUGUUGUGGGGGGGGUCUUGGCUAAUACUUGCUAACAUAAAGCAUUCCUCAAACUGAUGCGUAUUAUAAGUUAACCCCCCCCCCCCCCAAUCCAAAACACAAGUCUCACCUGUUGCCUGGAGGGCUUUUUAUCACUAACUUGAUUAGUUCUACAGGUGUUCUACAGGUGUCCCUUUGAAGUUCCAUCCCUGGUGGCACCACUUGGUCCCCUUCAUGGUGAAGUAGUAGGCGUAGCAAUAUACAGUAAACAUAUUCUAUAUUCUACAGUAAAUAUCAUUAUUUUUGGUCAAAACUGACAACCCGACAAAGAUAUGUUUGUGACUGUAUGCAUUUGUAUGAAUUAUUUUAAAAGGAAAUAAACUGUGGAAAGGUGA